AUGAUUUCAAAGUUCGGCAGAUAUGUCUUCCACGAAUCGGGCCUUCGCUCGGUCUACUCGACGGGGCGCGACGCCUGGCUGAUCAUCCUCUGCCGGACGUGCCGCAUGUUCGCGCACGGCGCCAUCUCGCUGAUCCUCGCGCUCUUCUUCGCCGAGCUCCGCGUCUCGGACUCGCACAUCGGCCUGUUCAUGACCCUGACCCUCGCCGGCGACGUCGUGCUGUCUCUCGCCCUGACCCUCGUCGCCGACCACGUCGGCCGCCGCCGCACGCUUGCCGUCGGCGCGGUCCUGAUGAUCAUGUCCGGCACCGCCUUCGCCCUGUGCGAGAACUACUGGGUCCUCCUGCUCGCGGCCGUCGUCGGCGUCAUCAGCGCCACCGGCGGCGACUUUGGGCCCUUCCGCGCCAUCGAGGAGUCCACCCUGUCGGAGCUGACCACCCCGACCACGCGCCCCGACGUGCUCGUGUGGUACGUGACCACCGCCAGCCUCGGAUCCGCCGUCGGCACCGAGAUGUCCGGCCGCAUCGUCGAGGCGCUGCGUGCUCGGGAUGGCUGGACGCUGCUUGACGCGUAUCACGCGUGCUUUUGGAUCUACGGCGUGAUGGGUGCGACGAACCUCCUCUCCAACAUGCUGCUGUCGGAGAGGUGCGAGCUCAGAGGGACGAAAGGGCCUGCUCCUAUACCAGAUCAACUUGAGUCAGAACCCCUGCUUGAGGGCUCUACAGAGGAGCCCCUAGAUGCGCCGGGGACUCCCAAGGCCAGAGACAUCGACGCACCGCCAGCCAAGAGGAGCCGGUUUGGCCAGAUAUCCCUCGAGACGCGCUCCAUAAUGUACGCGCUGUGGUUCCUCCUCAUGGUCGACUCCCUCGCCGACGGCAUGGUAAGCAUGUCCCUAACGACCUACUACAUGGACCAGAAAUUCCACCUCCCCAAAUCGACCCUCGGCGACGUCGUGUCGGCAAGCUACCUCCUCUCCUCAUGCUCGACCAUCUUCGCGGGGCCGCUGGCCCGCCGCAUCGGCCUCGUCAACACCAUGGUCUUCACGCACAUCCCGUCCUCAGCCGCGGUCCUGCUGUUCCCGCUGCCGCGCACCGUCCCGCUCACCUUCGCGCUCCUGCUCGUCCGCGUCGGCCUCAACAACAUGGACCAGGCGCCGCGGUCCGCGCUCAUCGCCGCCGUCGUGCGCCCCGAGGAGCGCACCGCCGUCAUGGGCGUCACGGGCAUGCUGCGCACCCUGGCUGCCACCGCGGGGCCGUCGGUCACGGGCGUGCUCGCUGGCGGCGGCCGCUUCUGGGUCGCGUACGUGGCGGCGGGGGCGCUGAGGCUGGCGUAUGACUUGGGCCUGUUUGCUAUGUUUAUCAAUAUCAAGCUGCAUAGGCAUGAGCCUGUUGAGGCGGCUGAGGAGAGAGGGGAGGCUGAUGAGGAGGACAGUGAUGGGGAGCAGGCUGGCGUGCGGGAGAGGUAG